GUCGCGCGGACACAUUCCGCCCAGCUGCUGGAUCAGAUAACGCACGUCGGCGGAAUUUGGACCUUUUAGGGACGCUUUCUGUCUCAGUCAUUAUUGAAUCUUCUACCUGAAGAGGCCGAAUUGCCAUAAUGACUUCUUCCUUAAAAGGUCUCGUUAGUCGCGGAGCAACCUUCAUCAAAACGGGCUCCUUCCACAACAAUAAAAAUGCCACGGGCAUUUUCCCCGCCGUAGACCCCGAGGUGGAUGGCCCCGAUUGCGAUAAAGAUUGCGCCAGUUGCACUGUCCGAUAUCCGUCGAAAUUCAAGAUUGAUGAAGAAGACGAGCUAUACGGCCAUAUCAAGGGAUGGGCAACCCAAGUCCUUGUUGCAACCGGCAAGACUGACUGGGUGCGCGACGUCGAGGAUGAGAAAGGGAGUGUCAUGGAGGCCUUUGGAAAAGCAGCCGGACCAAGUAAUGGCCGUCUCAUGCUCUCUGCAUCCAACAUGCAUACCCCGGACGAAUAUCACGCCGCACCUGAGGGUCGACAACCCACUACUAUCCUCCUCCUUCCCGCGUUCACCGUUAUCGAGCAUGUCACGCCUCAGGACGUUCCCCUUGUCAUUCAAAACUACAUCAAUCCUGCGCCAACUACUACUACACCUCUAACUGCUCCGAUCACAAUUCCUUCCCCAGCUCCGGACAGCAAACUCACUUCCAAACCUUGCCCGCACAAAUACUUGAUUCUGCUGUGCUCCCAGAAGACCCGCGACGCACGAUGCGGUCAGUCUGCUCCCCUUCUUAGGAAGGAGUUUGAGCGACAUCUCCGCCCGCUUGGCCUGUACCGCGACCUUGACGACGAGAGACCAGAUGGUGUCGGAAUAUACUUUAUCAGUCACGUCGGUGGACACAAGUAUUCUGCAAAUGUCAUCAUUUAUCGCCGUGCUGAUGCAGAAACUGCUGGCCCAAGUGACUUUGUGGCGGAGUCGAAUGGAAAUGGUGCCGCUAACGGCGCCGCUGCGGAUGGAGACACCACAAAUGCAAAGACUGCAGAAGCUGGAGCAGGACAGUGUAUCUGGCUUGCCCGUGUUAGACCGGAAGAUUGCGAGGGCAUUAUCAAGUACACCAUUUUGCAAGGCAAGACGGUGAAGCCUGAACGCCAGCUUCGUGGUGGGUUUGAUCGUGAAAAGGGUCUCACAAGCUGGUAGAGGUUGAUGCCCCCAGAACGCAUCCAAGCCUGUUUUGUCUUUAUCGCUUUUCAGUUGCAUCCGUCCCGCUGUCAUGGGGCGAUAGUCAAGGAUAUGGAUUUCCCUUGGCUCUUUACGCUCUCUUCUUCUGAAUUAGGAUUUGCUGAGCGAGCUAUAC